UUACUAAACAUAGAAAUCAUAUUAACCAUGGCUGCUAACCCGUUCGAAAAAAUGAAAAUAUCGUCGCAUAAAUUCCUGGAAGACUUAAAGCGAUCAAAAUGCCCAAAAUGUCGAUCCUCACGGAUGUACUUUUGCUACAAAUGUUACGAGUACGUCGAAGACCUGGAUGCUCAACAGCUCCCUCAUGUGGAGCUCCCGAUAAUGGUCGACAUCAUCAAACAUUCUAAGGAGUUGGACGGGAAAAGUACGGCCGUCCACGCAAGGAUGAUAUCACCCAACCAAGUGAAGAUACAUACCUACCCUGUUAUUCCCAACUAUACCGAUGAAGAGAAAGCCCGCACCCUCCUCGUCUUCCCCGGCCCCGAAGCCAAAUCCCUCCAACACUAUGCGACAUCUAGUGGCAACAAACGAUCGUUGGUCGAUGAUGAUGUCAUAAACGGGAAGCGGAUCUGUUUGGGGGAAUCACCCGAAGCACAGGAGAGCCAUGAAGGUGAAACGAUCGGCACGAGACUAAAACCAAGUUUCACGAGGAUCAUCGUGAUCGACAGCACGUGGAAUCAAGUUCAUGCGAUAUUAAACGAUGAAAGAUUGAAAUCGAUACCAACAGUGGAAUUGGAAGGCAGGGAGACAUGUUACUGGAGAAGCCAACAUAAUCGACCCAAGUCCCAUCUCUCCACUAUUGAAGCAAUUCAUUCGUUCUUUCAACAAUAUCAUGAAAUAUUUGGGGGAAAAUACGACGGACAAUUCGACAAUUUAUUAUUUUUCUUUAAAUUUUUUUAUUCCAUGGUGAAAAAAAAUUCCAAAAAUAAGUCGUAAUAUUUUCGGCAUUUUAUGGAAGUUAAUGUGUCUUCUAUAUUUUGGUUACAAACCUUUUUUCUCGCAUUCACACCAAGAAUAUACGAAACAUUUUACUUCCAGA